AUGUCUGAUUCAACGGAACGUGUUAUCCCCGAUCUUGCCCUCUUCUACGAGGUCGACCUACUAUCGAUCUCAGCGCCUCAAUCGCACUGCGUCAUCUGUCUCUGUGACUACACGGACGACGAUGAUGCUGUGUCAGUCAAUCCCUGCAAACACGAGUUCCACCGCCAAUGCAUCAACACUUGGUUCAAAAGCCAGUUGCAAGACCAGAACGACGAAGGCAACGAGGUGAUUUAUGGCACAUGUCCGUGCUGCCGGUCAAAUCUCGUUCGUGAGCCCGGUGGAGAUGAGCCCUACAUUAACGCGGUUACAUGGGCUCAAACUUUGUAUGCUCUGAAAGGCACCGAGUUCGAAGCUGUUGGCCAGCUAGCCCGUCGGCACAUUGAUUUCGAAGGCGACAGUGCACUAACUGUAGAGUUAGUGGAUGUCAUUGUGCCCGAGAUGGUACAAAUAUGCCCCGAGUACGAGCAGGUUGCCAUCAGCCUUGGUGUGCUGGAGCCUCCUCGUACCAGCUUGCUGGUUCGCGUAGCUCUGCAGCAGUAUGAGGUCGAUGUUGCCACUGCGGAUUCCUCAUUCGUCAACUCUACCAUCCGCGGUGACAUUGAAUCCCUGAACAUCACUGCAAUGGUUAACCUGCCUGACUGGUUGCACCCGCAUGGGCCGUUCAGUUGGGCUGCAGCCAUCGAUUCUGUGUUCCAGAGCUGGCAGGCAAAUAACUACCCACGCUGCAACUAUAUCACGCUGCCAUCUCUGCACCGUCUCGUCAUCUGUGCAUUGCUCGUUUUUAGGAUCGCCGUUGACGACGAUACCGAUACCGCAGGCUUUGCACAGCUCCUGGCGCAUGGUGAGCGUCUAUUGCUGGAGACGCAACAGCGCGUGGCGAGCGGUGAACUGAACGAAGCUCAUCUGCGUGAGCAUUACCGGGUGCUGGAUUGGACAGAUGGCGGUGAUGCUGGUCCUCACAAUAUGCAGGAUCCACACCAUUAUCACCAAUCCAAUCAUUCACGGAUUCACUGGGUUGUCGAACUCAGGCGACGGACACGUGGGCCAGGCGCCGGUCCCUUGACUCCCUUUUAG